AUGGAUAAUACUGGGUUAAACGCCGAGAGCUUCGCUGUCCGAUUCCUGGUAUACCUCCGGUCCUUAGGUCCGGAUUCGGAUCCCAACAAAGCCAUCUUGCGAGUUACAUAUCAUGGGGCGUUCUCGUCACUCGCUUCCAUCGACGAGGACGAUAAGGACGACAAUAACGACGACGACGACGACGACCCCCGUCGCCGCCCCGGGGGCCACCGCCGCUCCACCCCCGACGACCCGUCCCGAGUCCGACUCAGGGAGAUCCCCCCGGGGAGCUGGGUGGUUCUCAUGGAUCGACGAGACCGCCGUGGCCGAUUCAGUGACGACGGCGCCUUCUUACAAUACUCUUUUAUCAGAAUCCGUCGACCCUCUCCAGAGACUGCCUCGAAGCAACAACAACAAGAACAACAAAGUCCGGCCCCCGUCUCUAGUUCAGUCGAGGUGGUCGGCGGGCUGACCGACUUCCUGCGCGAAACCGUGCCAGAGACUCAUAUUGCCACGUGGGAGAAACGGCUCGAGGAGGUAGAGAGGGAUUUGGUUUCAGCUUUGACUAGGCUGAGCCCACUCAGUACCCCGUCAUCGAUGGAAUUCUCACCGGGGGUGAACCCGAUUGACGAGGUGUUAAGGCGCUUGACAUCAGCUGCAACUGAGAGGAGCGCAGACAACGCCCCGCCAGAGACUGAUCUUUCCACUGGGGAGGGACUGGUCGUGAAGGUAGAGAGGGAACGCUGCAUCGGUGUCCGCGUCAUGGCUGAGAGCCGGGUCCACACUUUACUGGACCAGUUACUAUGA